GAGUUUGAUCUUCCAAUUCCUUAUCUAUGGUUUUCUGCUCUUAGCCCUUCUUAUUACUCAGAUUUUUACACGUUCAGUCGCUCACUCGCUCAGCGUCAAACGUGUCAGUGUGUUCAUACACGUUGUACAUGCUUUUCUAGUCUGUAGACUUUGCCGUUUGUGGUGUAUACUUUAUUGCACACUGUUCUCAACUGUAAGGUCUUAUUUAAAAAUUAUAAUUUGUAAGCACUAAGCACGAAUUUUGAAAAUUUUAUAAAUAUUUAUUAAUUAUUAUUAUAUUUUAUGAUUGUAUUUUGCCUUUACUUAAUAGUUAAUAGGUAAUGAGUACUAAUGACUAAUGUCUAAUUAUAAUUUGUAAUACCAUUAUUAUUCAUAUACUUAAACUUUAUUGUUAAAGUUGUUCGCAUUUUUUAUACAAUGAGCGAAGGAUAUAAAUCUUAUACUCCUGGAUGGAAUGACCCACCUUCAUAUUCAUUUGAAGACACAGUGAGUGCCCAACAUGAAAAUCGACCCAAAAUAUUUGAUAGAAUACCUGCACGAGUCUUGUCAAAUGCUCCUAGUGAACAGUUUAAUUUAGAAAAUAAACAAAUACCCUUAAAUAAUGAGAUAGUUUCCAAUGAAAUUUUCAAUGAUACAACAACAAUCCCUGCAGUUUCGUCAUCGAUAUGUGACAUUCCUGUGGAAGAUCGCUUAUCGUAUGUAAUGUCAUCUCUGAGUGAUUCAAUCCAAAAAUCAACAUUACCAGAUUCCAAGAAAGUGGAUAUUAGUAAACGUUUGUCAAGAUUGGAAAUCAGUUGGAAAGAUAUUCAAUUUACAGAUGUAGUACAACAAAAAACUAUUGCAUUAGUUAAAGCAAUAAAAAUCAAUGAUUAUGCUGAAGCAAAUAGACUACAAAUGGCAUUAAUGGUUGACCACACACGUCAAUGCAACACUUGGAUACCAGCUAUUCGACAACUAAUUAAUCAUCACAUAUAAAAUUAUAUAUUUAUAAUAUGUAUGUAUUAAAUAAAUUAAGAUGAUUUUAAAAUUGGGUAUACAAUAAUUUAGUUCAUAUUACGUGUACCAUGUGUAUAAUUUCAUGAUUCAUGAUCCUCUAUUUCUAUAUUUUGUUUACCUUUACAUUCACAGUUUUUUUAUGAUUCAUCACAAUAAAUGCCUAAAAAAAAUUAAAAAAAACUAUCAUAAGCUCAAUAUCACAUAUGUAUAGGUAAAAAUGAAUUGUUAUAUAUUAUAUAAAUUAGUACAUUACAGACAUAUUAUUAAUUAAUUAAUAAUUUCAAAAUUUGAUGCUAAUAGUUGAACGGUUAAAUAGUGCUUAGUAGGUGUGCUUAGCACCCCCAAAUUGUUCUGUAUUAAUUUAUAUUUGAAUAAUAAUAAUAUGUAUCCAUAACCAUAAAAUAAUGUCAUAAAAAAAAUAGAAAAGCUUCAGCACCCCCAGUUUUUUCGUGGGAAUUGCUGUUCUUUGGUACUUAGUACCUAUAUUACUUACUGUGUAUAGAAUUGAAAUAAAAACCAUUUCUAAAUACUA